AUGACCGACUCGCCGACUUGGGCUUACUCGACCAAGAUCGAUGUGCAGUCGUCGACUCACCCUUUCGACACCUCACUCGGUGGCGCGGUAGGCUCGUCAAACGAUGAGAAAAUGAUCGCACCUUCUCCCAGUAUCGGUGCCGAUAUCGACGACUUUGGCCGAUCGCUCUUGAUGGACGCGGACACCCCCUUUCGUACGUCGAUCCAGCGAGCGCAGGACGUUCUUCGUGAAAGUCGUCGCACUCGACUCGACGAGCAAAAACGGGUGUAUCGCUUUGAGCCGAGUCGCGCACCGAGUCAAGCAACGCUGCACCAUGAUCAAUUCGCCAUGACUCGCAAGUGGGCGAACGAUCCGACCUUCACUCGACGUGCGGGCCAGGGGGGUGGGCAUCAUCGGGUCAUGGACUCCAUCGACUCGGGCCUCCACGGCGACGAAAGCGGUGAGGACGGCUCGAAUGACGAGCGACCUCGGUGUCUCCACAAGUCGCGAUCGAUUCCACUCAACCUCAUGACCUCGCCUCCGCAUGCGGCUCGAAUCGGUUCUGAGCGUCUUCACGAUUCGAGGUUCGACGCUCCCGUCGUCAACUUGGCCUCCAUUUCACCUCCCAAGCGCCUCGGGCCUCGCAAGUCCGCGUCGUACGGCGAUCUCCUCACCAGUCCCCACCGACGUCUCGAUGAACUUCCCCAAAUGCUCGAGGUCCCGAACGAACCCAUGUCCAAGUUCUCGGCGUCUUCGGCCGAAUCGCGAGCUCGACCUCUUGUGGGUGAAACACUGCUCUCUAGAGGUGCGCGCUCGUUCGGUCAAGCGACCUCGAUCAGGAACAUCAUGGCGCGCCGAGCCGCCAUCAAGUCAUCGAUCCCGACCCGCUCGUCGACGAUUGCGUUUGGUACAAAAUGGACGGGCAGGCUCGCCGCGGUGACCGAGUCAACGCCUUCGCAAAAGGCUCACGGCUCGGUCUCGUCUGCGAAGCUGUCUCAAGGUCGCAAUCAAGCUUCCGCAAAGACUCGACCGAGCCUCGCCAGCGCUGGGUUCUACAACACCGAGUCCAGCGAGCCGAGCGUCGCAAGCCGAGCUUCUUUCUCUCGUCUUCAGGGUAGUCGGAUCCCCGCACGACUCAAGUCGUUCGCAUUCAAUGGUGCUCGCUCGUCCGAAGCCGCGAGCCUCUGCUCGCCCGUCUCGUCCAGUGCAACGGAGAGUAGCUCGAGCCCUUUCUCGAAGCGCGAGUCGCACCUGUCGGCAUCUUCGAAAGAGAGUUCGGUCAAGAGGACGUUCUCCAAGCUGUUCAAUCGAUCGAUGAGGCGGGGCGCUCUAACUUCGACCCCUCGCGACGACGCCAACGACGCUUUCGCGAAUGCGGUCGUUCACCGCGCCGAAAAGGUCCGCGUACCCGAGGACCUGACAGGGGCGAUCCAGGUCGACUCGACGGCGUUGCCGACGCGCAUCCCCAUCUCCUCCAUCUUUCCGAAUGCGACACUCCGUCCCAACAGCACAAGUGGCAUAAUUCCAAUACGACCCCAACGACCCAUCACUCCCGACAUUGAGCCCUACGCUGCAACUUUUGGUGGUCAAGUUCUCGUUGGCAAAGACUCGACCGCGCGUCGCCGCUCCUCAAUCACGCGACGCCGACGCAGCCUCAUUCCCGUUCCUUCGGGUCGUCGCUCGAGUGCUCCUCAACCUAUCGUCGCCGUUUCAAGACAGGACGGGGUCACCCAAAUCGUUGAAGUGGAUUUGAAAGGCAGGGGUGAGGUUGAGCACGUGUCGGCUGUCUCUGAUUCGGCGGAUUCUCUACCUCCCUCGGCGCCAUCACCCGAGCCUCGUCCCACGUCGGCGACUUUGACGGUCUCUGACUCGGAUCCUGACGCGACCACUCUGCUCGACUCGUCCGCCUCUAACCGGUCAGCUCGUUCGUUCCGGUCGCCAUCGCCAGCUCGAUUCCGUGAUCUGCUUCCCUCCGAGACGGCGUCGAGUUCGCCGGUCAAGUCCGAGCGCGGUCUCCCUCUUCCGGCCCACCGGGGCUUGGACGUUCUCAUCGCGUCUCCGCCGAAGAAGCGAGCGAUGGGACCCGAGCAAGUCAUUGUCAUGGAACACGCACCCGCGACAGAAGGUACGAAUACACAGAACUAUUUCCAUUUCGUCCAAUUGGCGAAAAGCUGACUCUUGGAAACUCCACUCUUUUCCCUGCAUUAGGCAUCCGUGAAACUCGGGGAGCGACGACCGAUCUCGCCGAGCUUCUUUCCUCCCUCGACGACACCGAAGAUGUUUCCGUUCGAGUCGCGCCUACCCUCUCCCCCGACGAGAAAUAUGACGGUGAUCUCUCUGCUUCUCUCCGUCGCCACCUUCCCAUCGUCAUUCGUGCUCCAGGCCUAGGAUCACUCGGUUCCCUCGAGUCCCUCGAUCCUAUCGUCGCCGACGUGCCCGACGACUUACAAACGCUCAUCCAGUCCGUCACCGAACACAUUUCCGAGAUCGAUGUAGGAGUCUACGGCCCAGCAGAAGAACCGAACCAAAUCCAUGUGCCAGAAUUCGGCAUCAUCGGCACGUUCGAUGCCGUGCGCUAUGCUCCUCAAGCUGGCUCACGAGAUUCGGCGAUCGGACAACCGAACCCGUUCGACGAAAUCGAGGGUCGCGCUUCGGCUUCAAAUUCUUUGCGUUCUUGCAAGUUGGACGAUGCGGUUGAAUUAGCUGAGGUUCCCGAGUCCGAUCAUUCGAGUAGCGAUGGGGAGGACGAAGUCGUCGAAGGGCCUUCUUUUAUUGCGCUCGGUACAAGGACGAUGGACCACAUGCUCAACACCGACUCGGAGCGCUCCGACGAGGCGAAAUUCUGCAACGUGCCGAACUUGCGCGCCGACGCUUCUCCGAACUCGACCGACUCGAGCUUCAGCGGCAGAGUCACGACAGCCGGUGCGGUGUUGCAGGCUAUGUUACUUCGUGGAAAACUGAGUGUCUCUUCAUCCCCCGACUCGCCCGUCGAUCGACUUCCCAAGCUUCGCGAGAGUCUCGAGGAUUAUUUGACGAUGGAGAGACCAACGGUGAGUCGCGGAGAAAUCACCUCACGGAUUUCGAGGGGGGCUUGUUCGAAAUCAGAUCACUGACGAGGACGAGUCCCCGAUUGCACAGGUCGGAGAAAAAAUGCUCGACUCACUGGACGUCGAACUGUCCCUGACCUCACUCAUCGCCGCUACUUCCCCACCUCCCUCCGUCGAGCGCGAUCUCGUCGGCCGCUCAAUGACCCGUACGCUCGGCUCUCUCGCACCAUCCGAAGACGGCUCCAACGAAGGUGAACCCCUCGAAGGCGUCAGCGCUUCCCCUUCCCCUGCGAGUCGGCGCAAGCCUUUGAACAACCUACGUCAAUCUCUGGUCAGGUAUUCACAAGAUCGAGCGAGAUCGGUGCUUGUUCUAGGCGGACGAUCGAUCGAGAGCGCUUUCGCCGAAGUCGACGAAUCUUCAGAGUCCGAAUUCGGCCAACGCGAUUCGGGGAGUAGCAAUGGUCCCGAUCAGACGAAUCAUUCGAUGGCGCAGAGUAGUCGAUCGACCAAUCUCAGUAUAUCGUCCAUCACGAGCUCACCGUGUCCCGUUCCGAGGUCGAGGAGAAUCCCGAUGCUUACCAAACAUUCACCACCUCUCGCACCCGCUUUCGAGUUCCCUUCGUCCGUGUCAGCUUCGAGUGUUGGCAAGCGCGACUUGGCGACAAGUGCGACGGUAUCGAACUUUGGUGAUCGGUCACGAUCCUUGUCGCCGGUGAAGAAGGUCGAUCCAUUCUCGAAGCAAUUCAGCCCGCUCGAGCGCUUCAAUGCACGACGACGAGGCGAGUCGACUAAAGAGGAUGAAGAAGUAGCGGCGCAGGUGUCAUCACGUUCGUCGUCGCCGCGCUGCAUUCGCGACCUUCGUUCGCGACCGAGCGAACACGACGAAGAACAAGCUCCCACGUCGAUCGCCGACGAAGUUUCCCCUCCUUCUUCACCAUCGAGUGAACCUUCCGAAUCGGAUCACGAUCCACGCUCAAGCAUCGGUUCCUUCGCCUCGACUACCCAAUUCCAACUCGACGAUGAACGAACUCGACCUUCAUCAUUAGAUUUAGCUCAGCUCGAAAUUGACUAUCAUUCCCGUCCACCGAUGGUCACCAUUCGAGCCAAGUCCAUCAAUCAAAGUACGAAUCGACAAAGUUUACGAGCGUCGACUUUUAUUCAAGAAACGAUCGUGGAGGAUGAUCGUGAGACUUGGUCCUCUUCGGUUGAAACUUCACCCGUUAAGAAGGCGGUCGAAUCAAAGAUCGAGGAUUCGGUUAAAGAUGUUGAGGUGGAGGCGAAGAGGUUGGAAGAAGAGUUGAAGUAUAGGCUUUCGUUGGCGCCGACGACGGCGACGGAUGGAAUUGCUCGGACGCUGAUUGAUGGGGUCGUAGAAUCGAGUGGACGAGCACCUAUCAUCAUUCCUGUGCUUGAUGUUGACGUCGGUCCCACUUUCGAAAACGUGCUCGGUGAGGCGCAGCAGGACCAUGUGCUCGCGGACGAACAAGAAGAAGAAGAGGAGGAGGAAGAGGAAGAGCCGUACAUCCGUCGUCGGGAAUGGGUUCAUUAUAUUUACGAAGCCGAAGACGAACUUCGUCGAUCAAGAUCAAGAUGGAUCGAUACCGAUCGUUCGAGGGACGCUUUAACAAGUAAGUCCUAAAAUUUUCAACUACUUUUCUCGAACCCAACCCGACCCUCCUAACUUUUGGGGGGUUUUUUUUUCUGAUCUUUUCACCUCUCUCAAAAACAGAUUUCAAGCUCCCUAUCGGGAUGCAAGCCAUUUUCGAUUUCUUACACGCCUCUCGAAUUCGUUACCGAGCUGGAACGGAUCGAUAUUCACGCACUUCUUCAAUGCUCGAUUCAACCCCUUCACCUUCGUUAUCACCAAGUGAUGCGAAGAACCCUUCACCUAUCCUUUCGCCAGGUUUCGAAAGCUCUUCACCGGUUGAGAAAAUCGUUCAGCAAAGGGACGAGGUUGGGUUCGAUACGAAUUCGUUAACGAACAAGACGAUCAAAGUCACGACGAUGACGACGAAUACAAAGAGGAAACCGGUACCGGUCUUUGCCGUACUUCGUGACUCGGGGAAAGAGAAAAUUGAGGAUCGUUCACCUUUUACGGCUUUACCUCCUCGACUCGCUUUGAGGAAAAGACGUCCGAGCGUGUUGAGUCAAGCUGUAGAUGUCUCGUUCCUCAAUGGGCAGCUCAAGGAACUUGCUCAGAAGAGUGGCAAGGUCGUGGGGCAAGGCGAAGAGGAUGAUGAGGAUUACGCGACGAUCACGACUAGGCAGGAUCAAUUUGAUUUGACGAGGAGAAAGUUGGAGGGCAUCAAAGAGGUUGGAAAGUUGAGGGUCAAAAAGGAGCAGGUCAUUUUGGAAGCGCAGGGAUUGGUCGAUCAGAAUCAGGUCGAUUUGUUCCCCAAAACACCGAGGUUAUCGACCAGUCGACCGAGGGUCAGAGCGAGGAAGACGGUGCUCAGUUCGUUAAGGUGA